GUUGCGAGGGUGUCUAAAGUGUCGGCCGUCUGUGGAGUCCUGCAGUGGACCCUUCCUGAAGCACAUGUCAGCAGCUCCUCCUUCAACUCUGUUCAAGCAUUAGUGCGCCGCACCGCAGCUCCUACAUACAGAGUGUGUGUGUGUGUGAUGGAAGCGGCUCGCCGGCUCAUGCCAAAGCAAAUACACAUGUAGAUUUUUUGUUUUGUAGUUUUAUACGUUCUCAUUUGUUGUUUUAUGCCCGAUUAGGGGCUGUGUUUACCGGGUUUAAAAGAAACGGUGAACUUUUUGAGACUGUUUUGUUUGUUUUGCACUAUUGCACUAUUUUCAGGCCACGUCGGUGUCCUUUUAAGGCCUUAUGGACGGGUCAUUUUAAUACUAUUAGACUGGGCAAAGCAUUUUUCACCCGAUUUAUUUUUAUUACUCGGGGGAGAAUAAUGGCUGUAGAAGGGUCUGUCUGAGGAUAUCCGGCUCUCUGGUCCUCCGUCAUGACCCUGGAGAGUGUGGCGAUCACGGAGAGCUCCUCUGCCCGGGGAUUCUGCUCCUGCUGCGGGGCAAAAAUCAUGCCGUACUUCUCCGACAACGCGGUCGCUUCUCAAAACCAGAUCAACCAGCUUAUCAGCGAGAACUUCCUAACUGUCAAAGGUGCCGCCCUCUUCCUCCCGCGGGGAAAUGGCUCCUCCUCUUCUUCAGCACCCCGCAUUACACAGCGGUGGAACAAACACACAGGUGACCUUCAGCAGCAUUUGCAGACCAUGUUCACUCUGCUGCGCCCAGAGGACACCAUCCGCCUGGCUGUCCGGUUAGAGAGCGCCUAUACCCUGCGUACACGGUACAUGGUCAUCAUUUCCACAAACGGUAGACAGGACACUGAAGAAAGUGUGGUUCUGGGAAUGGACUUUGGCAAUUCAGACAGCACUUGCACAGUUGGGCUGGUUUUACCCUUGUGGAGCGAUACGCUUAUACACUUGGAUGGAGACGGGGGCUUCAGUGUGUCCACCGUUAACCGAGUCCAUGUCUUCAAACCGGUCUCGGUGCAGGCCAUGUGGUCAGCCUUGCAGUCCCUGCAUAAGGUUUGUGAGGUGGCUAGAUGUCAUAACUACUACCCUGGGAGUCUAUUCCUGACCUGGGUCAGUUACUAUCAGAGCCGGGUAACCUCCGACCAACACUGCAUCAAUGAGUGGAACGCCAUGCAAGACGUGCAGUCUCACCGUGCAGACUCGCCCGUGCUGUUCACCGACUUGCCAACUGAGAGAGAGCGCACAGAGAGACUGAUUAAGACCCGUUUGAGAGAGAUCAUGAUGCAGAAGGACCUGGAGAACGUCACUUCGAAAGAGAUUCGCACAGAGCUGGAGAUGCAGAUGGUUUGCAACCUGAGGGAGUUCAAGGAGUUCAUCGAUAAUGAGAUGAUUGUCAUCCUGGGCCAGAUGGACAGCCCCACAGAGAUCUUUGACCACGUCUUUUUGGGUUCAGAGUGGAAUGCUUCAAAUCUUGAGGAGCUCCAGAACAGUGGAGUUCGCUACAUCCUGAAUGUGACGCGAGAGAUUGACAAUUUCUUCCCCGGGCUUUUCGAGUACCACAACAUCCGAGUGUAUGAUGAGGAGGCCACAAACCUCUUGGAGUAUUGGAAUGACACCUACAAGUUCAUUUCCAAAGCCAAGAAAGCUGGGGUGAAGUGUCUGGUGCACUGUAAGAUGGGGGUGAGCCGCUCUGCCUCCACCGUAAUAGCAUACGCUAUGAAGGAGUACGGCUGGGACCUGGAGAGAGCCUUUGACCAUGUGAAGGAACGGCGCUCUGUCACCAAACCAAACCCAUCCUUCAUGAAGCAGCUUGAGGAGUACCAGGGUAUCCUGUUAGCCAGCAAACAGAGGCAUAACAAGCUGUGGCGUUCCCACUCAGACAGCGAUCUUUCGGAGGCUCACGAGCCGCUGUGCAAGGCAUCACGCUCGCUGGACCGCUCAGAUCCUCACAACAACAACGGUCCUCCUUCCAUUCAGCAGAUGCUGGGAAUUGCUGUGAUAGAGUCCCUUACCAAUCCACAGUCUGCUACGGGCAACACUCAUACCAAAUUGGGUGUGUCGCCCUCUAAACUGGUACAUGAAGACCCUGUUCUCCCGCCUCGUCCCAGGCAACGAGCGGCCACAGUAGUGCCUGAGCAUAAUAUGGCUAGGAAUUCUCGUUUGAACCUCACGGUGAGCGAGCCUGUUGCUCGUCACCAUCCUCUUCCCUCUCUACAUGUCCUUUCACCAGAGGAGGGAGAGGGCAAUACAACCUCAGACCUCGGCACCCAGUCAUCUCACCAUGUGCCUGAGCCAAAAACAGACUGUGUUGAGUUAUCCCCAAACACACCUGAUCAAAAUGACUCUUAUCAAGUGUCACAAACUUUAGAACUAUGUCUGGAAAGUGUUGUCAGUAAAGAUGAAGGGAAUCUGCCUUCUCCAAGCACGCCCGAGGCUGACAGCCCCUCAGGAGCCCCUGCAGCGCCCGGGCUGGACUCCAGUGAUGAUAACAACAACCCCAACACUGCAGAUCUGGGAACAGCAGACGACUUUGUGGAUGCUGGUGCAUCCUGCCUUAGCACAGAUAGCAUUGACUUCUUUAGUGCCAGAGAGAAAUUCCUCUGCCUGUCCCAGGAUAGUCAGCCUCGCUCGUUUUCUGAAACAACCUCUGUCUUGUCACCUCAAUCCAGAUGCACCCCACCCUUGGAUGAUUCCAGUGAGGUAGCUGAUGAGUGCCACGCCCACUCAGAGACCAAUAGCGAUGCCGUGCCCCACCUCCCUCACAAAGACAACAGCGUGUGUGUGCGUCAUAUAGUUACUGAACUGGAAUCCAUAUCGCACACCUGCAGUCCACCACUGGCACGCAACUCGCCUCAAACGGCUACACUGGAGGAGGUGGAUGAGGAAACGGCUUCGGUUCCUCAUUCUCCCACCGACAGACCCUCAGGAUCCGUGCGCCGGGCCACCAAGCAGUUGGAGCUUAUACUACGUCAGGGUCAAGAGGUUCCUUCCUCUCGGUCUCCUCUUCCUUCCCCAUGUUUGGACUGUUCGGAGCCACACUCCAGUAAGCCAGAGGGCACCGCAGCUCUGACCUGCACUGAGCCCCAAAAGGCUCCCGAUGGAAAACUAGAUGACACAAAAGUGCUUGAUGAUGAGGAUUCUGGUAUAAUCCCUGAUCCUUCCUUCUCGGUGUAUCUUGAAGGGAGCGUUUCAGUGGAGGCCGACCAGAUCACUUUGAACCCCACUCUUGAGCCCAGCUCUGGUUCUUCCUCUCUGUUGUGGUUAGAAGGUGUGACCGAGCUGGAGACAGAUGUGGACUACCCGUUGAGGCCCCAUGUCCGACUGGCACGUAGCAGUGAGGACUUGCAGAAGAUCCAGGAGACUCUUCGAGAGCUCCAGGCGUUUUUAUAUGAGGCUGGAGGACUGGGGUUGUGCACUGGACAAGUUGAGGAGAACCAGUCGCCUGAGGACAAGCAGAACUCGAUAGAUGGGGAGCAGCGAUUGGAGCCCAAAGCACCUGCAAUGUGGCAGAGAGCUAUGGAAAUCGAGGCCCGUAUCAGACAGGCCGGACUCACCCCUCCUUCGCUCAUGAAACGCUCUGCCUCACUUGCUAAACUGGACAGGCUAGAGCUAUCUACUAAUGACUUGAGUGACUGGGACUUCCACCCGGCCACCACAGGGUUUCACCAACCCUCCUCUUCCUCUUUAUCCACCUUUGACUCCUUGCCACAGACCCACAGCCACGAUGAUGCCCAUAAAAAGCAGCGCGUUCUACCUCAGAGCCCUGAUUGCGCCGUUCAGGCGGGCAGGACUGAAGGCUCCGCCCACCUCUCACCCUCAUGCCCACAGCAGAUUCAAGUGGGUGGAGCCAGUCCGCUUGAACACACCCCCGUCCAGCCCACCGUUUCGGUGUCCACGCGACAACAUGUGAAGACUCACCCCGUUCGUCGUUUCCGCAAAGCAUUGGACAAGAAAAAGACAGUCACUGUUUUGUACAACACCAUGUGACCACGAACUUUCACACGCUGGUUUUAGCCGGCGUGAAGGACUAUCUCAGACUACAAUCAAUUAAAGUUUCAUUCAGUGAAGUCUAAGCUAAAAUGUAUGCUACUGUAGGUGUGAAUGAGGGCAUGUGUGAGCGAGUGAGUCUACAUCAGUUUUGUGUUCAGAAUCUUUCAGGUAGCAACUCAAACAAGGGGGUUGUUUCUUAAAACAUGCACUUUACGCUCUUGUUUUUCUUUUUUAUUGUUUCUUUUAGAUAGCAUUUUUAUUUGAAUAUUUUUUGCACUGUCUUGAACAGUAGAGUUGACCAUGUCUGACAGCAUGUGGAGUCGUGAUUCUGUUUGAAACCAAGGUAAAGUUGAUAAACCUUUUUUAUCCUGUGCUUUAGCUGUGACUUAUAAAAUAAAACUGCACUAUUUUAAAUA